CUCCUCCACCUCCUCCUCCUCCUCCUGCUCCUGCCGCCGUAAAUGUUAUUUAUGAAUGCCUGCCGCUCACGGGCGUGUGCGCGCUCACUCUUUAUUAUUAUGUUUUAAUCAUCGCAGCUCAGCGGACACUGAUUUCAGCCGGUAUCUGGUGUCUUCCCGUCCCCGCAGAGCCCUCGGUGAGCGUAUAGAUCCGGAUUUAAUUCAUUGUGGAGGUUUGGUGCUGACAGCGGCAGCGGCAGGCGGAGCGGUGCGUUCUGCUCUGUGAUAACACUGGGUCAAUACACCGCGCUCCGCCGCUGUCUGCCGGCCCGCCGCAUCACUGGAGCCGCCUCACCUUCGCAUCCGGAGGAGCUGUCCGAGAAGGUGUGUUGCCGGGGGCAACGUCUGUGUGAUGAUGUCCUUGUGAGAGUGGGCGGGGCUACCAGGCCCUGAGGUGGUGAGGAGGAGUCGUCUCAGCCAUUGGCCCCUCCCCCUUUGUUUCUGAGCCUGACCAAACAGACGGAUACAAAAACGGGUGUAGCUCUCCCCUCCUUCCUCCUCCUCUUCCUCCUCUUUCUCUCCCCCCCUCCUCCCCGUUCGCCAGCCCUCCUCCCUCUCCUCCUCUCCCUGUCUCCUCCCCUCCUCCCUCGCCCAUCUCCCCCCUCGUCACCUGCCACCAUGUUACGGUCACGCUGCUGGUGGAGAGCCUGAGGAAGCAGACUCUGGAAGGCGACCCUGCUCAGCCGGGGGACUGUUACCUGUCCCUGCUGGACCCGAAAACCCUCGCAGAGUGCUGGCCCCCUGAUGGCUUGAUGCCUGAGAGCAGCUACUGGCAGCUCUGCCCUCCCUCUAAGUCUGGCCUGCAGGGGGGGUUACUGAGCUCUAGUUUCCCCCCCGGCCCCCUCCCCCUGGUGCCCCCAGAUGCUCACCUGCAGGAGGGGGGCGACCCCCUGGACGGCCCCUCUCAGCCUCAGCAGCACCGGACCCUGGCCCCCAGCACCUCGGCGUCCGAGCUGUCUCUACCCGGAGCCCCCGUGGCCCCUCCUGGCCCCGGUCCCCCUCCCCCUCCUCCCCCGCCCCCAAAGCGUCACUGCCGCUCGCUGUCGGUGCCAGAGGACCUGUCGCGCUGCCGCUACACCUGGAGGCCUAGCGCGUCACGUGUCUGGACUCCUGUCAGCCGCCAGCAGUGCCAUGGGGGGGCUGGGGGAGGAGUCACAGGUGGAGGGGUGGGGGCAGGAGGAGGGGGCAUAGGGGCUGGCGUGGCAGGGGGAGGAGCCUGUCCUCUCCGAGCUCCCAGCUCAUCUCUUAACUCGUCGCUGCACUCUUCGUCAAGCCCCACCUUCUUCAGCCUGGCGCUGUCUCCAGACUCACCGCUGCCCUGGAGCUUCCCCUGGGACCCCAGUGAGGCAGCGGCGGGAGGAGGAGCCUGCUGCUGCUUCUUCCCGUCCCCGUCCUCCUGCUCCUCCUCUCCUUCCCCCCUCCACCCGCCUCCCCCUCCUCAGAGGCGUUUCUCCCUCUCCCCUGUGCUCAUCAGAGACUCAACGGCCUCCACCUUCCUCCCCCCUCAUCCUGUGCCGAGUCAUGCUGUGGCCCCGCCUCCUCCGGGCUGCGCCACCAUGGCCGGAGUGGCUAGGGGGGUUCCUGUGCCCGCCUCCCCAUCCUCCGCCUGCAGCACGCCAUCGUCUCUGCGCCGCAGUCUGCCACCGCAGCUGCCACGCUGCCAUUCGCAGCCCUGCGACCUGCUGCUGCUCAAGCCGGGUCUGAAGAGACGCCGAGACCCCGACAGACCCUGCGCCAGGCCCGUCCUCGACUUCACCAAGAUGUCCCAGACGCGCAGCAUCGACCCUCAGUGUCUGGAGCGCGGCGGCGGCAGGCUGGCCUGCGGCGGUGACAUGUGCAUGGGCAUGGAGUCCUUCAUGGCAGACUUCCGGGGCUCCUGCUCGCCGGCCGAGUGCCUGGGCAGGUCCAGCAUCGGGCCGCUUAGCGAGAGCGACGAGGAGUGCCGCGAGGACGAGGAUGAUGAGGACGACGGCGAGGAGGAGGCGGAGGAGCGUGAGGCGGCGCAGCAGGCCGUGUUUGAGAGGGAUUGUACAGAACUGGACCUGAACUUAAUUGAAGAAAAUUGACACAUUUGUAAAUGGAAGGCUGUCCUCUGUUUCAGUUUGAUAAUCUAGUUUUAUUUUGAAAUGAUCCCGCCCCCUUCCUCUUUCCGGACCAUCUCGACACUCUGCACCUCCUUGCCCCCAAUCAGCAAGGCUCUCAGGAACAACACCUUCUCUCAUUGGACGAGCUGGUAACGAGGCUGAUUGACAACGACGGUGAUGAUGUGACUGCCGGCGACGACAACUCGACGCUGUGAGAGAACUUCAGCUCACCUGAGAUCAGAGGAACCUGCACAUUGCGAGUCCCGCCCGACCCAACACGUCGGGUCACUGCUACCUGAGAUCGCUCCGUGACUCGGACUCGGACCGUGCAGGUGCUUCUCGACCUCCAGGUGUGUUCACUCACAGCUGCUAAGUCUGAAACACUCUGAGUCUGAUGAGACAAGCGCUGCACCACAGCACCAACCUGAAACAUCACCUCUACACACACACACACACCAGACCUCUGAUGUGACGUGCUGGGUCUCUUCCAAGCUUGUAUGAAAUGAUUCUAAUAAACGCAGCUGUAUUUAUCAUGUUGAGGCUCGUAGAAGAAGAUUUAAAAUCCUAGUCGUCAGAACCUGAGUGGACUCGUUAUUAUUUACUUAUAAGUGGAGCAGCAGUACGACAGCGUUUAAAUGUCCUCUGUCCUAAAAGUGUUAUCACCAUCAGUAGGAGACAUCUCUAAAAACAAACAGACCUGAUCACAGCUGCAUGUUUCAAGUCGUUUCUCUGACGCUUGUUGAAGCUUUGGGGGCUGCAAGCUGAGCUGCUGCUCGACAAACAGCCACUCAAAAAACUCCAAGCUUCACAUUCAACCGACAUUGGAUCAUGUAUGGUCCUUACAGUUCUACAGUCUUAAUCGUAUCACAAAAAAGGUAAUUUUGGCUGCUAGCUGAGCAGCUGGCUUGAUGCCCUGCAGCUUGAUGCCCAGCCCCUUCUGUUAACUAAAAAACACCUUGAACUUCCUGUUGAAGGUCAAAGGUCGCUCAGGUGGCUUCAGUCCAGAGCAGAUUCUUCCUCGCGGUUAUGGAAAGUUCAACGACUCUUCGGUCGUGUUUGUUACGUUUCCUCUCGCCUUUCUUUCUCUACUUUGAUAAUCCGUUCCGAACAGCAACGCAGAAGCCUCAUUGGUCAACCAAGCUGUCAAUCAUGACGCUCUUUCCCGCUCCUUUUUUCAUCAAAUAAAUGAUUAAAACUAAACUUCUCAGCGUGAUAAGAACUAACGAGAAAGACCAAAAACCAUGUUUGAGGAACAUUUAUCUGACCUGUUUUUAGAUUUUAUAGUUUGACUAGUGUCCCAUCUGUUAACAUUGAGUAGGCGAAGCUUAUGAGCUCCACUGCAGACACUCAGCAGGGGGUGCUCUGACUCUUUUGGCCUCACUUAAGUCAAGGUGUGCGUUGUUCGUUCUUUAUAAAUUAUUUAAACCGUCGCUAUGAUUUUUAGUUUAACUCAAAAACAGUGAAAAAGAAACAAUUUGAUAUUUAUCUUUUUAAAUCACGUAAACUGAUUAUAUCGUUAACAUUCAAUAAGGAGCGUUCUGAUUCAUUUACUGUUUUGAUUAUGAAAUAAAUCUCUGACAGCAUCUCAGAUAUAAAUCUUUAUUUGACCUUUUUGACUAAAUGUAUUAAAAGAUAUUUAUCUUUAUAACACUGAUCUGUUCAGAGUCUGGUGCACAAACGUGUGUGUGUGUUUGAACAUGUCACAGAGACGUGACCUCAACAUGGUGAUGCGUUCAGGUUCGCUGCUGCUAAGUGGCGUUGUUCUGUCAGACUUCACUGAGGGCGGGUAGCCACUGAUGCUGUCAUUCACCUGAGUGGUCCCACAUUCCUGCUCAUUCACUCACCUGUGUGUGUGUGUGUGUGUGUGUGAGAAUGAGAAACUUCUGCAAUUAUUAACCACCACAGAAGAAGAUGACACACCUUGAGACAUAUGAUUGACCUCUGACAUUUAAGUUAAUUUAAUUUAUUAAAGUGAGGGACGUUGAUGUCUCUUCAUUGCUACAAACACUUUUCGAUACCACGUGCUCUAAAACGAUAAAUCUUCUGCAGUUUGUUUUAAUGAUCGAUAGAAUCAGAGCAUCUGUUUCAAUCGUGUAGGAGAGGAAGGAAUCUAAAGCAGGCAAACAUACUGCAUACAGUUUAAAUUAAACAAAUACAUCAGCAACAUCUUUGUCCGGAAAUGUUACCGAUACUGUUCAGUAUGCGCAAGUUUUUUACGCGCAAUUUACGAUCACUAAAAACAAGAAAUUACCAAAUAUUUGGUGAUCAGGACUUCUACUGUGUUCCUGUGGUGUAAAACUAAAAUCUAUAUCGGUUGAGUUUUACUAGAAUCAUAUCAAAGUUUUAAAUUCUGGUGCCAUGACAACCAUACGUCUUCAUGCGCUCACAGAAAUCAAAUUUGAAUCUAGAUUGUAUCUUGAGCCGCCAGGAGUGAAUGCCAACGGGUUAUCAUGAUGUUGUUCUUGUUCCUUUGGUGGUUUAAUAAAUCGCUGUAAACACACACAGAGAACAUAAUCCGCACAUUGAAGCAUUUCACACUUUCACUGAGCGUCACUGCUGCAUUCAGGGCCACAUGGCUCGGUCUUCAUAUUUGACAUGUUGUGUUUAGACUGUCUUCACUUCCCUCUGAUAAUUUCAGAUCCUCUUUCAGGUUUCAGGUUGAUUUCCUUCCCUCUGGGCAACCAUUUUCUUACCCAUCAUUUUUAUUAAUAUAAUGUUUAUAUUAUUUUCCUCUCAUGUAAUAAUAUGUUAAAUAAACCCACGUGUCAGAGCUACUUAUCACUAGUGAUGCAUUUAAGGGCACUUUAAUGUGUGAGAGUUGACAGUCAGACAUCGAAAGGCACUUAAGAAGCUCUCUAGGAACUCAAAACUACAAGACAAUCAUCAAGUAAACUGGAUCAUUAUUUAGGAAGAGUCAAUUCACUUCAGCAGAACACUGUUAGAUCUCAGAUGUCGAACUGUCCCUGAAUGCACCAUGCAAAUUCUGGCCAAAAAACUGAAGGUUACUGAACAUUAGCGGUGAUGGAUAAUCAUUCCAGAUUUAGGAUACUUUACUGUUAAAUUCUCAGAUUUUGGUUGAACACAGUUGCAGUGAUUUAUCUUUGUUAAACCACUCUUGGUAAAUUCCCAAAAUCCAUGUUAGACGUGUUCUUCCCAUUCUGAUUUUGUGUGAAUGCAGCAUCGCUACACUAAACGAUAUAAUCUCUUAUUUUAAUUACAGAUGGUAUCAAGACGAACAUACACUUUGAAAUAUCUAUUUCAUAGACCGGUGCGUCUGUAGGAGAGGAAUUAAUUGGUCUCAAGUUGCUGGUAAAGUUCUGUAAAGAAAUGUUGCAGAUGUUUUUGUGCAGCUUAGAGAGUGCAGAGUUUACCGCUCUCCUACGCCCCGGUGUUAUUGAAGAGAAGUAGUUUAAGAAAAGUAAGUGGUACUUUAAAUUCUCUUGAUCAUUACAAUAACAGAAAUUGUACAAUUUGAAAACGUGGUAUCAAAAUAUAUUGAAAACAUUGACAACCUUAUUGCUCAAACAGUUUCAUACACAGUCCCCAUUUCACACAGUUUCAUACACAGUCCCCGUACACACACACACACACACACACACACACACACACACACACACACACACACACUCUGCCCCCGGCUCACACAUUUACAGAUCAUGUCCCCGUAAACCAAAUAAACACUUGGACCCUGACACACCAAGCAGACGGCAAAGAAUUAGCAGCGCUGAAGGCCGCCUGUGGCGUCUGCGCACGAUGCCUUUUGUCUUGACACACCGUAAAGACUUCAGCCGACCGCCAACCACCACGUAUGUUCUGCUCCUGCAUGACAGGAAAUACCUCUCCAUGCCAGCAGGGGGCGGUAGUCUGGAACGAGGAGGAACGCAGAUAAAUAAACUGUUUUUGUGAUACCAGAAGACAAUUCUCUCACCGCUGUUGCUCAUCACUUGUAAUAUAGGAACUUCUAAUGGAGAAUAUUGUCUGUUAAAAAGUUGAAAAUGGCGCUGGUGUUGUCAGCCCUUGGUCUUUUAUUAAACAAGAAUAGAAGAGGCGCUUCCGUAUUUCUUCUCGUGCACUGGCUCUCCUGUUUUGCUUAGCUGAACCGCCAAUCAGAGAGAUUCCUACCCCCAACCACGCCGGCUCACGCCGAUUCAACAUGUGGAAUCGGUCAAAAAAAGGCCAAGUGGGGCCGACGGGUAGCGACGGAGCUCGACAAGCCGCAAAAACUAGGGCGACGACUGCUCAUCGACGGCCGAUGGUCUCCUGGGUGUGUCAGGGCCUUUACACACACAUGAUCACAGGUAGUGUCCCCAUAAACCACAUAAACCAACACAUCAUCCUGCAGCACACACACAAACCUUGCCUCUGUAACAUACACACAUAUGCUGUCCCUGUAACUAAUGUCCAGUCCCAGGUAGUGUCCCUGUGUCACACACACACACACACACACACACACACACACACACACACACUCAAGCCCCUCCCCCAUCUCUCCUGGUUCGUUCGGUUUGUUCGCUUCAUUACACUCAACAUAAGCCUUAACUGAACAUAUUCUAUUAUUCUGUAAAUCAAAACGUUAAAAGAUAAAAAAAGGAAAAGACAAAAACUUAACAGAGAAGAAAAGGAAAUGUGUACUGUAGCUGUUAAAUUUUUAGUCCCUCUGUUUAUCAUUUUCUGCUGUUUUUUCUUAAUAUUUCUAAUCUGAUGUCUGAGCGUGACGAAGUGUCGGCCAUGAACGCAGCGUGCUUAAAAUAAUAAAAAGAAGCUCGAGGACGAAGGAGGAGCUGACGUGUACAAAGUUAGCGGAGAGACUCGGACAUCUCUUGUCUUUUAGAAAUGUUUUUUAUUGUAUGUGAUUAAAAAAAAAAGAACAAUGACAACAUGGCAAUUUGAAAAGCAGUUUGUGAAUAAAUUAAGUUUAUUGAGAAUUAUUUUACAAAGAAA